UGUGGUGGGUCAGGGUUGAACUUUGCUUUCUUGUUCUCUUCACCUUUUGCUUUCACUUUCAGGUGACUCCAUUUUUCCUACCAGGGAUAUGAGGCCCAUGAAGGCCCCAUAGUCACCCCUCAGGGCUCAGAGGACAGGAGAGUUUUCUCCCCAGAGGAUAGCAUCCCUCAGAGUGGGAUUGGGGCACAUGCCCAGAUCCAAAAGCAGCUGCAGCCUUGGGAGUGGGACAUAGUUGAGCUCCUGACCCAGCUCCCCUGUGAGGUCCUCCCUUGUGGACUCUGGGGGACCAGCAGCCAGUGUAAGUAACCACAGACUAGGCCAUUCCCAUUGCUCCACACCUCACUACAUCCUGGAGCUGCCAACAUUCUCUCUUCUGGUCACCCUGAACCUCUGGAGGACACUGAGUCACCUUCAGGAGCUCUGCUCGCAGCCAGACCACCCGUUCUCCUGGCUGCUCUUUGAAUUCUUGUUCCCUCAGGUCAGGAAGGGUAACCUGAAAGGACUCACUAUCCCUCUGCUUGCCUUGCUGACUGGUUCAUUCUGGGGGAGCUCAGAUGACCAUCUCUGUCCUCUACAUAAAGAACAUCAAAAGGACUUGACUCUUCCAACCACCGACAUGCGGUCACUAAUCUGAUCUGCAGCCCCGGUGAGAGAGUAAGUGCAGCCAGUGACCAAACCGGUGAGUCCUCCCCCAGGACUGCCCAGUGAAGGGGAAAGGAAGAGUCGCAAUUGAUCUACAAUGAGAGGCUUCCAGUGGGGAGAUCAAGGUUUCUUCCAUGACGAUGGGCUCUAGUCAUUCUGAUCUUCCGGGAGACCAGGUUGUCCUGAAGAAGUGACAGUCACCUCUCUGUUUCUCAAGAACUCUGCUCUGAAGAUAACCCCUUCUCCUCCCACCUCUUUCAAUUCUCUGUCUUCAGACAGAUUUCAAGCUCAGAGGAGUCCCAUAAACUCUAGUGGAGUGCAUUUCUCAGACACUAGAAAUUUCUGACUGCUUCAUCCCUGCCUCUUGAUCCAAUAUUGCAGCAUUUCCAGGAAAACCAUGGCCUCAGCUACAUUUAUCAAGAAGUUGAGGGUGGAAGCUACCUGCCCCAUCUGCCUGAAGCUGAUGACUGAGCCUGUGAGCAUUGACUGUGGGCACAGCUACUGCUGUGUAUGCAUAAAGGUUCUUACUCAGAAUCAAAGCUCUGAAACAUCAUCUCCGGGAACAUUUAAUUGUCCCAAGUGUCGGAAACCUUUUCAAAGUGGUAGUCUCCGGCCCAACAAGCAGCUGAAAGGUAUUAUCGAAAUCUUUAAGGAAAUGAAUCAGAAUAUGUGUAAUGAACACGGAGAGCAGUUCCAUCUGUUCUGUGAAAAUGAUGGUCAGCUCAUCUGCUGGUGCUGUGAGCGGUCACCACAGCACAAAGGACACGGCACUGCUCCUGUUGAAGUUGCAUGCCAAGUUUACAGGGAAAAGCUCCAGAGAGCAGUCACAAAACUGAAAAGCACAGAAUCCAAAUAUAUGAAGCUGAAGCUAGAUACAACUUGGAAAAUAACUAGUUGGGAGGAGAAAAUAAAGCAUGGGAAAGAAAGAAUCAAUUCUGAAUUUAAACAACUUCACAGACUCAUGCACCUGGCAGAGGAAUAUUAUAUGCAUAGUCUAGAGAAAGAAAAAGAACAGAAGCUCAUCAGUCUGAAGAACAAUGUAGCCCAUUUGGACAACAAAGUAGAGGAACUCAGGAACAACAUCCUGGAACUGGACAAGAAAUGUCAGGACUCAGCGCAGACUUUGCUGCAGGGUAUAAAAGACACCCUGAGCAGGGUCUCAGCUAUCAAUCUAGAAACACCAGAGGAUGUUUCUUUGGAACUGCAUACUGUGCGCAGUGUCUCUGAGCUUCACUUAAGUGUGAGAAAAAUUUUUAAGCGCCACCAAGUCAAUGUGUCUUCAGAUCCAGAUACUAUUAAUCAAAAGAUAUUCAUUGGUGAUCCUGUCCGCCCCUGCGACAUCCUCCAGCACCACACCCAGUCUGCAACCUGUCCCAGACCACAACGCACUGAAGAUAGAAGUUAUUCACAGACACAUGCAGAGAACCAAAUCAAACACCUGGAAGUUAAACAACUCAAUGUUGAACAACGAGUGGGUCAGGAAGGAAGUCAAGGAAGAAAUGAAAAAAUAUCUGGAAACCAAUGAGAAUGAAGACACGAGCUACCCGAACCUUCAGGACGCAGCUAAAGCUGUGAUAAGGGGAAAAUUUAUAGAUCUGCAAGCAUUCAUCAGGAAGAAAGAAAGGGCCCACAUAAAUAACAUAACUUCACAGCUCAAGAUCUUAGGAAAGAACCAGCAAAAGGAGCCCAAACAAGGCAGAAGGAAAGAAAGAACAAUAGCGGAAAUUAAUGACACGGAAACCCAAAAAAAAAAAAAAAAUCCGAAAGAUCAAUGAAACCAAGAGCUGGUUCUUUGAGAAAAUUAACAAGAUUGAUAAACCACUAGCAAGACUCACAAAGAAAGAGAGAGAGAGAGAACCCUAAUAAGCCGAAUCAGAAAUGAAAGUGGGGACAUCACAACAGAAAGCAAAAAAAUGCAAAAGAUCAUCAGAGUCUACUUUGAAAGUCUGUGUGCCAGGAAACAAGAGAACCUAGAAGAAAUUGGAUAAAUUCCUGGAUUCCUAUAAUCUCUCAAAUUUGAACCAAGAAGAUAUAUUCAGGAAUACCUGAAUAUAUCUAUAAAUAGCAAAAAAAUUGAAACUGUAAUAAAAAGUAUUCCCCAAAACAAAAGCCCAGGUCCAGUUGGAUUCACUAGCAAAUUUUUACAAACAUUUAAAAAGGACCUAUUGCAAGUUCUUCUCAAGCUUUUCCAGGAAAUUGAAGAAACAGAAACUCUUUGAUACAGUUUCUAAGAGGCACAUAUAUCCUUAAUACCAAAAGAAACCAAAAGAAACAAAGACACCACAAAAAGAGAAAACUACAGAAAGAUAUUCCUGAUGAACACGGAUGCAAAGAUCCUUAACAAAAUAUUAGCAAAUAGAAUCCAACAACUCAUCAAACAGUUCGUAAAACAUGACCAAGUGGAAUUCACCCCAGGGAUGCAAAGAUGGUUUAAUAUUCGGAAAUCAAUCAACAUAAUACAUCAUAUCAAGAAAAGAAAAGAUAAAACCAUUUGAUCAUAUCAAUAGAUGUAGAAAAAGCAUUUGACAAGAUUCAGCCCAGUUUAUGAUGAAAUCUCUCACCAAAAUGGGUUGUGAAGGUUCUUUCCUCAAUAUAGUCACAGCCAUCUACCAUAAACAUACCACAAGUAUUAUCCUCAAUGGGGAAAAACGAAGAGACUUCCCUCUAAGAUCAGGGACAAGACAAGGAUGCCCACUCUCACCACCUCUGUUAAAUAUAGUACUAGAAGUACUAGCAAUAGCGAUUAGGCAAUAAAAAUAUAUUAAGGGUAUCAGAUAGAAAAGGAAGAAAUCAAGCGCUCACUAUUCGCAGAUGAUAUGACAUUAUGACCCUUAAAGCCUCUACCUAGAAACUCCUAGAAACAACAGAGUUUCAUAGUAAAGUCACAGGCUAUAAAAUCAAUAUACAAAAGUUCAUGGCUUUCUUAUAUGCAAACAAUGAGAGAGAGAUGAAUGUGAUAUGAAAAAAGCAAUUUCGUUUACAAUUAUGCCUCAGAAAAUCAAGUAACUCGAGAUCUGCUUAACUAAAAAUGUAAAGGACCUGUACAAAGAAAACUACAAAAUGCUACUUCAUGAAAUAAAAGAGGAAACAAGAAAAUGGAAACAUAUCCCCUGCUCAUAGAUUGGGAAGAAUUAACAUUGCCAAAAUGGCAGUAGGCCCCAAAGCAUUAUGUAGAUUCAAUGAGAUCCCUAUAAGGAUACCCAUGAAAUUCUUCAAAUAAAUGGAUGUAACACUCCUGAAGUUCAUAUGGAACAACAAAUCCCCAUGAAUAACUAAAGCAAUUCUUGGGAAAAAGAAGAUGGGAGGUAUCACCUUCACCAACCUCAAAAUCUACUACAAAGUGGUAAUAAUUAAAACAACAUGGUACUUGAACAAAGUCAGAGUCGCAGACCAAUGAAACAGGGUUGAAUAUCCUUACACACACCCUCAAAUAUAUGAUCAUAUAAUCUUUGAUAAUGGAGCAAGAAAUGUGAAAUGGAACAUGGAAAACCUCUUUAACAAAUGGUGCUGGCAAAACUGGACAGCUACAUGCAAAAAACUGGGCUAAAACUCUAUAUAACACCGUACACAAAAGUCAGAUAAAAAUGGAUUAAAGACCACAACAUCAGACAAGAUUCCAUCAGGUACACUGAAGACAAGGUUGGCAAAACCCUCAGCGAUAUUAAAGCUAAAGGUAUCGUCAAAGAUGACAAGCCAAUCACCAAGCAAGUGGAAACAGAGAUAAACAAAUGGGACUAUCUUGAACUGAAAUGCUUCUGUACCUCAAAAGAUAGAGUGUUUACAAGAAGAGAGAGACAGUAUACAGAAAGGGAAAGGAUAUUCACUCAUCAGAUAAGGGUUGAUAUCAAGGAAAUACAAAGCACAGAUUGAAUUCUACAAAAAGAAAGCAUCCAACCCCAUCAGAAAAUGGGGUGAUGAAAUGAACAGAAAUUUUCUCAAAGAAGAAAUCUGAAUGGCCAAAAGACACAUGAAAAAAUGCUCUUCAUUACUAAUCAUCAGGGAGAUGCAUAUAAAAAUGACAAUGAGAUAUCAUCUCACACCACAGGGACAGGCCCACAUCCAAGAAACAAAAGCAAUCAUUGUUGGAGCGGACAUGGGGAGAAAGGGAUUCUCCUUCACAGCUGGUGAGAAUGCCGACUGGUUCAGCCCUUUUGGAAAACAGUUUUGGACACUUCUCAAAUAAUUGAAAUUGAUCUCCCAUUUGAUUCAGCAAUACCACUUCUGGGAAUAUAUUCUGGAGAUGCAAAAAGUAUAGAAGAAAUGACAUCUGCACUUAUAUGUUUAUUGCACCACUGUUUGCAAUAGCCAGAAUCUGGAGAAAACUUGAGUGCCUAUAAGCAGAUGACUGGUUAAAGAAACUUUGGUACAUCUACACAAUGGAAGAGUAUGCAGCUCUUAGAAAAGAUAAAGUCAUGAAAUUUGCAUAUAGUGGAUCAACAUGGAAAGUAUCAUGUUAAGUGAAAUGAGUCAGAAAGAGAGGGCCAGACAUAGAAAGAUUGGACACAUUUGUGGAAUAUGAAGUAACAGAUUAGGAGACUAACACCCAAGAAUAGCAAAGAUAAUUAUUAGGAUUACUCCACAGCUUAGUAGCUGGCCUCACAUCCUGGUGGAAAAGGCAGCUCAGAUAGAGAAGAGACCACCAAGUAAAGGGUGCUGGGAGGGCCCUCUCAGGGUGGGAGAUAUGUGCUGAAAGUAGACUUAAUGGCCACUUAAUACCUCUAUUGCAAACCGCAACACCCAUAAGAGAGAGAGAGAGAGAGAGAGAGAGAGAGAGAGAGAGAGAGAGAGAGAGAGAGAACAAAAGGGAAUACCCUGCCAUGCCACAGAGGUGGGGUGGGUUGGAGGGGACGGGAUGGGAGUGAUGGGAGGGAUGCUGGGACCAUUGGUGUUGGAGAAUGGGCACUAGUGGAGGGAUGAGAACUCGAUCAUUGUAUAACUGAAACGCAAGUAUGUAAGUUUGUUGGUUUGUAACUGUACCUCAUGGUGAUUCACGAAUAAAAAAUAAAAAUGUAUAUAUAUAUAAAUAAAAUAAAA